UAUUGACGUGUUUCCGGCCAGCUCAGCGCAGUGUUGUCAACCUGUAAUCCCUUCACAGACGUUUUGUACAGCUGUGUUAACUCUUCUACAUACAUCGUCUUUAAAUUUGACAUUGUACAAAAAUGGUGCUGCUGACAAUGAUCGCCCGGCUGGCGGAUGGACUGCCGCUGGCCGCUUCAAUGCAGGAAGACGAGCAGAUGGGCCGAGACCUCCAGCAAUAUCAGAGCCAAGCCAAACAGCUGUUUCGUAAGCUGAACGAACAGAGUCCCACCCGAUGCACCUUAGAAGCUGGUUCAAUGACCUUUCACUACGUUAUAGAGAAGGGCGUUUGCUAUCUGGUGUUGUGUGAAGCUGCGUUUCCAAAGAAGCUCGUCUUCGCUUAUCUGGAAGAUCUUCAAGCAGAGUUUCAUGAACAACAUGGGAAGAAGGUUCCCACGGUCUCUAGGCCUUACUCAUUCAUAGAGUUCGACACAUAUAUUCAGAAGACCAAAAAGUCAUACAUUGACAGUAGAGCACGCAGGAACCUGAGCAACAUUAACACGGAGCUGCAGGAUGUCCAAAGGAUCAUGGUGGCCAACAUAGAAGAAGUUUUGCAGAGAGGAGAGGCCUUAUCUGCGUUGGACUCCAAGGCCAGCAACCUCUCCAGCCUGUCUAAGAAAUACAGGAGCGAUGCCAAGUACCUCAACACUCGCUCCACGUAUGCUAAGCUAGCUGUGGGCGGAGUCUUCAUCAUCAUGCUUAUCGUAUAUGUGCGCUUCUGGUGGCUGUAGAUGUACGGAGGGGCUCUUGAAGAAAGUAUAGGUGAAAAGCAGACGGACUCUCGAAUGACAACAAGCUCACGUUGCGUUUUAAAGCCCCAGCCUGUUCUUAAAGACUGUUGGAUCCGGCACUUUCCUUUAACGGGCCGUCGACUUCCUUACCUGAUUCUCACCGGUCUUUGUUUUAAGAACUACAAGUUUGCCUGCGCUUGCUCAAAGUGUGUAAGGAGUGUGUGGAUGAAAGAGAAAGUUUGGUUUUCUGUAUAUGUCUGUGUAUAAAUAAUCUUAUACUGUACAACUGAAGUAUAGAGCAACAAACAUCAAACAUGGUUUAGAUUUGUAGUUUCAGCACAUUGUGGGCUGUUGAGUGCGGGGCGGGCUACCACUUCCACUUAAAGCUCUGUCAGAUAACAUCGCCUUCUAGACGGUGAAAGUAAACAAGAUUUUGCAUUAUUAAUGCCUUAGUCUCCCCAAUUAGCCAUACAAAAUGAAUAUUUUCUGAUAGGCUGCUUUCUCAGAUAUAGGUCAAAUUUGUAUGUAAAUCCUUAGGAAAACUGUCGUAGUGUGAACAAAUGUAAUUUAGUUACAAAUUUGAAAUGGACCCACAGCAUUUUGAAAUGGUCUGUUGUUAUGUUCAAAUGUUGGCUAAUGUAGGGCACUUCCACCGAAGUGAAGAGGUUCGCAGUCGCGUCUAAUUACUCAAUAUAGACCAGAUCACUGAAAUAAACAAACAUAAGGGAAAGUGGUGGCCUGCUACUUCUAAGAAAAAAAUAUCUGGGUGAUUUUUAUUUUUUGUUGAACCAAUUCAGUGUGUUAAUCUUAUCUGUAUCUAUACUUACCCUUACAUGGUUGCAAAUAUCUGACCAGGUUUCCUGCAGCUUUUUCUUUCAGUUUACAUUUGUUUAAAUUUAACUACAUGCUGUAGAGAACUAAACACUUAAUAUCCGACCAGAUGUCCAUGUACCAGAAUAAGGCUCUCAUCAAAAAAAGCAUUCAGUAAGCUCCCCAAACCUUCAGUAUGAAUAAAAGUAUUCAAACUUA